UUCAAUAGCAUCUAUUGAUCUGCACUAGUUCAGGCAAGAGCCCUGCCUGGUGGAACGUCUGUGACACAUUUUCCAGCCUUUAUUUUUGUGUGUGUCUGUGUGUGGAAAUCACAGAGUCGCUUGUGUGGAACAGAAGUGGGUUCAUGCCGAUUCAAGAUCAUCGCAGUCGGAGCAGGCAGGGUCCCAGGCAAACUGGCUGUCGGAUGUGAGCGGAGUGUGUAACAGUGGGGGUUGUCUGGAAGAGGUGGGGUCUGUCCCGUGUGUCGAAAGCCUGAUGGAGAGAGGGGCACACAAGUGCGUGCUUGGCUGGGAGGCUGCAGUAGUGAAGUGCGAUGCAUGUGGAGGGAAGCUGCAGCAGAGCUGGAUGCUGAUGAGGUGAUCAGCCUGGCUCCAAAGAUGUGACUGGACUCCCUGUUUUUCCCACAACACGUGCUUGACAUGACUCGGCUAGAACCCUAAUCAUGCUGUCCUGGUGGACCCCUCUACUCUGGCUGUCUCUGACUUCUUCUGUCACAGUUUCAAUUGGAGAACAAAGCAACAAAACGCCAGGUCUGGACAGGGAGGUUUGGAUCCACACGAAACCCUCAGUGAAACUUCACGAGUCUGGCUUGAAACCGACACAUGCUUUUGGUGAGAAAACGGUAUCAUCGGAAGACAGACAUGGAGUUCUGGGUGAAUACAGUGACUUGGAUGAGCUCUUCACAGCAUCACCUUUCAUACAGGAGGGAAUUCAGCAGGAAGAAGAUACAGACUUAGUCAUGGCUUCAUCAGAGCAACCGCUUGACAAACUGGCUGCCACAUAUACUUGGAGUCCAGCGCCAAGCCCUAAUGGAUCGGUUAAGUACUCCACAGAGAGUCUCCUGGAUGAGAGGACGGCACCUGGACAGGUCAAUUCAACACUUCUUAGCUCAAACCAGAACUUAUCUACAGGAGACAGCAACGCGACUGGACUCAACAUGUCAGUUAACUCUCACAGCGUUGUGACUGAUGCUACUGUGAGGCACGUGGACAGUCAGCAAACAGAUGAUAAAGAAGAUGACCAGCAAGACCAUGAGUCAACGCCUCAACACAACAAUACUUUAAACACAACAUCCACACCCUGCAGGACAAACCAGACUUGGACGCCGUCGUACCCUGAGGAUUCCGUUCCCCAUGAGAAUCUCCGCCAAUCUUUUGCACUCAGCUCUGCUCUGUUCAUCCCUUUGUAUUCGGACUGGAACUCUGCCCUUGCCACUUGGGGAUUCGCGUGGGAAGCCCACAUAUAUGGACUUGGAUCUGUCUUUACAGGGUUUGGCCUGAUCUCUGUGGUCUGCCUGUUGGGGUUGCCCUUCCGUUGCCCACCAGGCAGCGCCUACUUCACCCUGCUGCAUUUGCUGCUCCUAGCGUUUGUUGGGAUUCAAGCAUUUUGUUUGCUUUACGACGCCUACUAUCAUCAGGAGCGUCUCCCCAGCCUGCCUUCUCUGUUGCUCUCUCAGCUUCCAUUUCCUUGUUUAAGCUCAUCGUUUUCCGUCGCGUUCCUCCUGCUGUCAUUGCGUUCCCGCAAACGUCUGUCUCUACCUCUUGCCAUUUCCUCCUCCUUCUCAGCUCUCCCCAAACCUUGCCUGCUCCUUCUAAUGUCCCUGUUGCACUUCACCGUCGCUCUAGUUUGUGUUGGCUUGCUGCUGUUCUUCCAUACCUUACCCUCCAAAAUCCUCCUGCUCCCUCAAGGUGUGUUUGUUUGCCUCACAGUCUAUCUCUCCACCUCUUACCUCAUCUACUACUGCUUGGUUCAAAUCGACACCAAGCACAUCUAUAGGCUCAACGACAGUGGGGAAAGCGGGGGUUCCCCUGAAAUUGUACCUCCUGUCAGUUGCCCCUUUGCCAAUGCGGAAGACUGGGGACGGGCGGCUGGCGCUGGGGUCAGCGCUUCGCUCUGUUUCCUCGGAUGUGGCGGAUUUCAGCUUUACGGGAUUCUUCAUGCGCUCGGCUUGGGCGGAGUUGAGGGCAACGGUUUCUUGCCCUGGGCUUGGUGGGGUUUACAAGUGGGAUGUCGUCUCUGUGAGGCCGGAGUGUGUCUCAGUUUGUCUCUCAUUGGCACACAUCCGUUGUUUUGUCAAAAGAGCUCUAGAAAGGACAAACCUGUACCACGACCCGGAUCUUGGUCCCGUCUGUCACACAGCUCCCCUUCAAGAGGGAUUUCCCUGCCAUCACCAGGCGGAUUAGACUCCCCGAUCCACUCGUCGCACUUGGACACUUGGUCGCCAGGGAAACAAAAGAAGCUUGUCCUAUGCGAAGUCAUUACGAAUGGGCAGUCGGAGUCACUUCCCCUCUUUCAUACUUCGGGGAAUGCUCAAACUGCACAGCAGCUUCCUGUGCCUCAUAUUCCAGCAACACCAGUCUCUGGUGGGAAACAUGCAGCAUCAUCUCAGCACAGCCAGUGGAUCAGUCUUGGCUUAGAAAUGGACUCCACUGUGGAUCUCAGGCCACCGUCGCCUAUAGAUUUGUCCCGCAGCAUUGACCAGGCUCUUUUCAGUGAAUCGCUGUUCUCCCAUAGUAUAUUCGGUUUGCCAAGACUGUCUUAUGCCUCCUCGAGCCAUUCUUUGACAUCCAUCAGCCAGAGUACCUCAAAGCAAGGCUCUAAGACAGAAGAGGAUUCUUUAUACCGAACGUCCUCCUGCGGUGACAUGGAUCAAGACAACAACAAACGCUCUUGUUCCAGAUCCCACCACCCUCAGGGUUCUCUGGCAACUCAACGCAAACAACCACUGGCACCAGACUGGAAAGGAAGUGGAUCUGGCUCCACUGUAGGCCUCUGCAGUAAACCCAGCCAGACCCGAAAACUGAGGUCAAACUCAUGGACCAACAGAGGGCAGAGAGUUGCGCAGAACAGCCUCCCAAGAGCGAUACCUCACCUGUCCUACUACAGGCGCUACAGGACCUUGAGCUCGGCCUCGCAGGACAGCCAGCGGUCUCGCAGACUGGCGUCGACCAAACAGCUGAGUGAGAGCAAACAACUGGAAUGGGACCUGGCCGUCCAGGCUGAGUUCGUCAAUGUUUGCAGGCAAAUAGAUGCUUUAAGCGUUUGCAGUGACACAAUCGAUUUGUAGAGGUUUCAGGUCUGAGCUGAAUAUUGUGUUAUGAUGUGACAAUCACAUUCAUCAUGUUGUGUGGGUGUAAGCUGAAGAGACGUUAAGCUACAGCGCGACUGCCAAACAUUGCUUGCAUUAGAAGCGACACAUUUCACUGUGCAGCUAGCAGUGGAACUAGUAGAAAUAAAGUUGCUUUUUACUCCAUUCAGACGUUCUAUUAGGAGCCAAGUUGCUGUUUCAUAUUCUAUAAUCAAAUCACAUCAGCUUCUAAACUAAUGACGGCUACAAAUGACAACUUAUUUACAUGACAUUGUACUUGCAUUUUAUAUGCUGUGUCUUAACAUUUAUUGCUGAAUUGAAAUGCUUUUAUUGUAAAGCUAACAUAUAGUGAUUAUUGACAGUUUAGUAAGUAGAUUUAUAUGAAGUAUUGGUUCGCACACAAGUAUUUAUUAACACGUUGACAUUGUACAUAAAUGUAAAUAUCAACGUAAAAUUAUUUAUGUGACUUCUAUUUAUGAUUGCCAUGAUACACACACACACCCGCAGGUUUGUCACAUCAUGUUUGUGGGGACCUCUUGUUGCCAUAAUGCUUUUCCCAGCCUCUCACGCUAAACCUAACCAUCCAAAGCAAAUGCCAAACAAAUGCCUAACUUGUGAGGAUCGGCAAAAAUGCGCCAUUGUGUUUCCAAGAAACACAACACACACACAGGUUGGAAACAAGACUUGAUUUAAAUGUAAGUGACGUCUCAUCGCCGAUCACAAGAAUUAAAGCCUUGUUUGUUGCCAUGUAAAGCAGUGAGUUCAUGUCAUUGGAGUCGAGUUAAAUCACAAAAAUCUGUUUUGAGUGAAAGAAAAGCAAAUGUUUGUCCCGCUAAAUUCAGUAAAAGAACUUAUUAUUAUUGUUUGUUUGAUAUGAUCUAUCAAGCACUAUUUAACAGAGCAUGGCUAUUCUGUCAUUUGUGUAUUCAGAUGUGUGAAACUGGCACAGAAUUUCUCUCACCAUCCAGCUCUGUUCCGUAACAUCAUUUGUAAGCAAUGCCGUACAUGUAGUACUCCAAAUUUCCAUCUGUACAAUUCAGAAAUACCCUUAAAAAUGCAAAUUAAACCAUUUUAAAUCAUACUCUCACAUGAUUGGUGAAUUUUUGUAAACUUUUUUUUUAUUGAAAAUGUCAUGAAAAUAGAGCGCUUUCAAUAUUUGUCCACUGUGGAACACUAAUGCUGUUUGUACAACAUUGGCGCUG